GCGGAAUGAUAUUAGUUUGGCCUGCUUGUCUGGGUGUGUGUAGUUCCGGCUGAAGCGGACAUUUUGUCAAUUGAGAGUGGAUAGACACCAGAGUUGGGGAUUGGGGAUAGGGCUUUCCAGCCACAUUUUAUUUCCCCGGUUUGAUUUUGAAGAACCGGAGCGUAUCAACUAGUUAUACUGCUGUUAAAUAGAUGGUAAAUAGUUGAAGUAAAGUUAAUUGCACUUUUGUUAACGUUGACAAGGCGUCAAAAAGACAUUGUCAUUUAGUGUGAUAUACUCAAAACUCAACUGGCUAGCUCUGAUAAGCUAGCAGCAUUUAUCGACGUGAGCUUCUUCUUUAGUAAUUGACAUAAAGAAUGGCAUUGAAACGAAUUCACAAGGAGCUGAAUGACCUGGCCCGUGACCCACCUGCGCAGUGUUCAGCUGGACCAGUAGGAGAUGACAUGUUUCAUUGGCAAGCUACUAUUAUGGGGCCAAAUGACAGUCCAUAUCAGGGGGGUGUAUUUUUCUUGACAAUUCAUUUUCCCACAGACUACCCUUUUAAACCACCAAGGGUUGCAUUCACCACAAGAAUCUAUCACCCCAAUAUUAACAGUAAUGGCAGCAUCUGCCUGGACAUUUUAAGAUCCCAGUGGUCACCGGCAUUAACUAUCUCUAAAGUUCUUUUGUCCAUUUGUUCUCUCUUAUGUGACCCGAACCCCGACGACCCUUUAGUGCCAGAGAUUGCACGCAUCUACAAAACAGAUAGUGAAAAGUAUAAUAGACUAGCGAGAGAAUGGACGGAGAAGUAUGCCAUGCUGUAGGGCUGAGGUACAGCAGAAUAGCCCGGGAAUGGACUCAGAAGUAUGCCAUGUGAUAGCCGGUUAUAAACAGGCCCCGCCCUCUUUACUUUUGCCAUCUGUACCUCCCACCCCACCCCCCAAUUUACUUCCCUUAUGUGAUAUUCUUUAUAUUUUCAUUUUCCUCACACAAGAUGAAAAAUAUGGAAUUGCUUUUUUUAAGUCAUCAUGUGGGGAUGAUCUUGCAAUCAGCACUUUCCCCUU